CAAAUACUAGAAAAAAUUGAAUAGAUAGUCCUGGAAAUUGUAAUAUGGAUUUUUAAAUUAAUUCUAAUUUGAAAAUGAUAAGAUUUAAUAUAAAUAAACAAGAUAAUACAGAAGAUACGAUGGAAUUAUAAUCAUUAUCUGCUGCGUUAAAACAAAGAUGUCGGUCGCGAUAGAUUAGAUAAUAAACACAAAAAUAUCCAUUAAACUAAUUCGCUCAUAUUUUGAUCGAACCCAAUACACCAAUUCUCAGAGUAAAAGCGCUUGAUUAAAUUUCUGGUACAAAGUAUAGACUCAAGAUGCAUAAAAAUAAUAGCCCUCUAGACAAUAACUCUGAAGUAACAAUGGAAGACAUCUCUUUACCUGUUUUUUCUGAGAAACGCUUUGAAAAUAGCGAACAACAUAGAGAAACAGAAUUCGAGAACAAUAGGGCAACUCAGCAUACUUAUGUUAAUAGAGAAGUAACUACAUCUCAAAGGAUUAUAACACACCAACCAUCAAGAGGAGAAAGAAUUCCAACAUCAAAUAAUGACACUGGAAUCAGACGACCUGUCCCAAUAUCCAUUAUAGAAAGAGAAGAAUUUGGUUCUUCUUUCCAUGCGCCAAUUUACGGAUUGGAUUUCAUGAGAAAUGCCGACCAAUUCAUUAUACAGGAAAACUGCGAUUUAACUGAUCUCUUUCUUACAGUAUUGGCAAACACGGAAAACCGAUAUACGGUGAAAAUUCCAAAGAGGGAAAACUCCGAAGCUAUAUACUAUGCAACCGAAAGUUCUAAGUCGUGUCACAGGACGUUUUUUGGCUCUGGCAGAGCGUUCAGCAUGAGACUUUACGAUAAAAGCGACCAAGAAGCGAUGUCAUUCAAACGAAGAUUGGCAUGUGGAUACUGUACGUUUUGUGUUCGAUUACAGCAAUUGGAAGUAUGGAUACCACCUGGUGAAUUGGUAGGGACAAUCUGCCAAAAAUGGAAACCUUUAAGGGUGUAUUUUGAAGUCUGUAAUAGGCAUGAUGAGGUUUUAUACAUAAUUGAAGGAAUCAAUUCUUUUUCAUGUUUCCAUAAAGCAGAAAUGUUCCAGAUAUAUACUUCAGAUGGAUCUACGCAGAUAGGGACCAUACACCAUCAGUGGGAUCCUGUGUCUACUAUGUACCAACUUCACCUACAAAUGCCGAGUUCUAUCACCGACAAUCGACAUAAAGCCUUGUUGCUCGGAGCCUCUUUUUUGUUGGAAUACAUGUUUUUUGAAAGUGCCCAAAAAAGAUUAAAUGUAACCUGUAUGUGUUAAUAAAUAAAAAUGGUGAUAUAUUGACUUGCAACAGGCAAUAACUGUUCAUUUCCAUUAUUACAAUACAGUAUUUAAAUAUAAAAUACAGCAUGCUAUGAAGGUGUUGUCAAUUUUUGAAAUCUAUUAAUAUAAUUAGCCAGAGAUUGACACCCACUAUUAAUUGGUUGGAAUAAAUUUAAAGAUUAACGUCUAAUAUAUGAUCUUGUUUUUUUCUGUCUAGAGAGA